CUUGAGUUGCGGAGCACAGUCCGAUGAAUGGAUGAAACCUGAUUCCGAGAUUCUGGAAACCUGCACCCUGCCUGCCUGGUGUUGCCGUGCGUGCGUGUGCUGACUGGCGGGUUGGUGGACGAGACGAGACGAAAAAGAUUCGCGAUCAAUUGCGGCCCAGCGCGAUGGGCGGAUCUGUCACGACUCGGAAUCUGAUCUCCGAAAUUGUUCUGAUAGGCAGGGCAGGGCAGGGAGCCUCGAUCUGUCGAACUCGAACCCCCCCGCCUUCUCCAUUCGAUCCGCAACCAGAGAGACCGGGACAAGGGACAGACAGAUCGCCGGGAAUCAAGCGGACUCCCCUCCGCCUCAAUCUGGUGGUGGGCUUUCAGGCCGCUUUGUCAGUCAGAUACAUAUGGGGGGCUUGGCCAGUGCGCUUCCACUUUUCAGGUGGAACCAUACCCCUGAUCACCUCAGCAAAUCACCUCCGCUGUUGAUACCCAGGAGGGAAAGGGCAACGCUAC